GGAAGCCACUCGAGAAGAUUGUGCUGGUUCUCUGUCAUCGUUCUGUGUGAUCUGUCACAAAACAUUUGUUUACCAGAUAGACAAUCUAUUGAUGGCAGAGCAAACACAGUUCAUUAAAAUGACGCUGGUUGUUUUCCGUUUCGUUGCUGCCACUCAACAUUCGGGACGCUUGCUAGUGAGACCAACACUACGCCACAAGAAUUGUCUGCAGCUUGAGAGAAAUACAUCAGCCUAUAGACACUUCUCCCUGUCAUACAGCCGUAACAUUGCUUACCAGAUCAAAGACAACCUACGGGACUGCUAUAACCUGCUCAAUGUAGAUGAAGAGUGUACUUUAGAUGAACUAAAGGAAGCAUAUUUCAAACUAGCCAAGGUUUAUCAUCCUGACAGUGGGUGCAGCACUGCAGAUGCAAAAAAGUUCAAUCAAAUCAAGGAAGCAUGCAAAGCCAUAAAGGCCAAGAUUGAGGCGGGUAGCGAGACAUCAGCAUUUGUGCCAGAGGAUAAUCAUGGUGAUGAUGACGAGGAUGAUUUCCUCUUCAAAGGACGACAGGCUCAGCAUAGGCCCUUCUUGGAGAAUGAGGGCUACGGGCUGGGUACCAGGGCUGAGAGACAGAAGCAGUAUGAGCAGAUGAAGGUGUCCAGGGCCCAGCAGUCCGUGUUCAAGUACAGGGUGAGGAAGAAGAUGACAGAGGCGGAGGUGGAGGCCGAGAACUCACUGGUAGAGAGGGACAAGAAAUACACACGCAAGCAGAAAAUCAGUAACUCCAUGGAACGUCUUGUAGAAGACAUGAUACAGGAGGCCAUGUCCAAAGGUGACUUUCAGAACCUUGCAGGCGUGGGGAAACCCCUGGACUUCAGCAAGGACAAUCCACACAUGGACAAGAUCACACAGAAAAUGAACCAGAUGCUCAUAGACAACGACUUCCAACCAGACUGGAUCAUGCUGCAGAAAGAAAUCAGGGAAGAUCUUCAGAAGUGCAGAGAGCGGCUGGCAGUGGAAAAACGCUUGCUCGGGGAACCACCAUAUUCCACGACACAGGAAACCAGCUGGGAGAACCACAAGGAAUCCUUUCAGAUCAACUUGACAGACAUAAACGCUAAAAUCUUCAAGUUCAAUCUCAUGGUGCCCAUGCUUCAUCGGCAAAUCAUGCCGUAUGUCUUUGACCGGGAAUUGAAACGUGUAUGUGAUAAUUGUGACGAGUACUUGCCAAAAAACUUUGAGGAGAUUAAAGAGUACAGGGAAAAGAUCAAAAGUGCUCCUCCAGUGACUCAGAAUUCUGGACUGGAACAUCCUACCUUGAGUGAUGCAUGGAAUGCUCUUAAAUAUGUGUUUGGUAGACCAAAGUCUUGACACACAUUAACAUGUACAAUGGGGCUAUAGAUGCAUGAAACUAUAUCUUCACUCAUUUCAAUAUUGAUUAUGUUAUUAAUGUAAAUUACACAUAGCAAAUAUGUUUUUUUCUAUUAAAGAGAUAAUUUUAAGGUA